AUGGCUCUUUUAUCAUAUAUUGAUUUAUCAUUCAAUUAUCUUACAUCGUUAAAGUCUUUUACUUGUUUUCAAUCACUUAUUACAUUAGAUAUUUCAAAUAAUCCAUUAGAUGAUAAAUCUUUUAUAAUUGACGGAUUUUUUCCUCACCUAAAGGAACUAAAUGCAAGUUCUACUAAAAUUUCAAAAUUAUCACCACUUUCUGCAAUUGCUCCAAAUCUUGUAUCAUUAAUUAUGAAUUAUUGCAAAAUUAAUACGAUAGAUGACAUAACAAAUUUUGUAUGUAAUUCUAAAUCGCUCAAAUACCUGGACAUCAGAGGGAAUCCAAUCAAUUUUGAUUAUUAUCCUGAGAUUCCAAAAAAUUCAGAAAAUGAAGAAAUAAAACUACAAGAAUAUGGUUCAGAGGAACAAUAUAGCAGCCAAUACGGUAACAAUGAAGCAAGAGCUAAUUACAGAAUAUCAAUUCUAUCAAAUUUUAAUGGAAUUGUUUGGUUAGAUGGAAUUAAAGUUUCUGGAAAGAAUCAAGAAAUAAUUCCGCCUUCAAAAAUCAACUUUUUAGACGAAACAGAUAUUCAAGAAUCAGCAAAUGAUCUUCCAAUUCCUAUAAGGCCUAAUUUUAAACAACAUGAGACAAAAACUCAAGAUGAUCAAAAUCUCGAAGAUGAUGAUGAAAAUUUCGAAAGUCCUAAUGAUGAAAUUAAUGAUAUUUCUAAAAAAGAAAAUCAGAAUUUAUAUAAACAAAAUAGAUAUGAUGAUAAUGAAUCAAGUACUUCUAUGUUUGAUAGUUUUGAUGAUUCUGGACCUUAUUAUGCAGAUUUUCAGAGACAAGGAAUUGAUGAAACAAAUCCUGGUUUGUUUGGAUUCGUACCUGAUGGAGAUUCUGCAGUAAGUGAUGAUAAAUUAUAUGUAGCAGCUACUGAUGGUGAUUCAGAAUUUGUUUAUAUGCCAAUUAAGCAUAGGAAAAAGGAUCAAAAUCAAAAUCUAAAUCAGCAGCCUUUAUUUACUGAACCGCCAAACUAUGCUGAUAAGACUGGCCAAUACAUGGAGUACAAGAGAGGUGGUUGCCAGUUCUGGGUAUCAUUUAACAAUACAAAAGACAGCACAAUAAGAAAUACAAUAAAAUACCCAAGUCCUCUCAAACCAAAAGGAUAUAGAUAUCCUCCAUUCAGAAAUUCUCCAAUGCCAAGACCGAUUCCCCAAGGUUCCUUUCCAUUCACGCAAAAAUCAGAUAGAAAACUUCCUUGGGAUCAAGAAUCUGAACAAAAUAUAUAA